CGAGGGCUUCCCAUCGGGCCAAUACAUUUGUUAUUCCCGCGUACGCAGCCAGUGAGAGCCCCCCUUAGGUGAGGGGAGAAAAGAGCGGGAUCCCGCUUUGUGUGUGCCAUGCUACAUAUGCUUAUGCUGUUGGUGAGGCCCGUAUCACUUCACCUCAUGCAUUCUGUCUUCGGGCGUCAUGCCGAAGGCUUUCGGCCGAUGUAUUUCGGCCACCACCGACUUUUUAGCUGCAGAACAGAAAUCCGAAAUUGAAUCCGUCGUCUAUAUCAUAGACCGAUCUAAUGUUCAUGUUUGCACUUUUACUAAACCUUACUUUGGCGGAUUUAUCUAAAAAUGUCGACCAAACCGCUGACUAAAACACCAACCCUCAAACGGCCACGGGUCCAAGCAGAGGACCAAGAUAACAAUUACGAUGCAUCGGAAAACACAACCCUGAGCCACUUAUUACAUACAGAUGAGGGUCAUCUCGAUGACGGAUUUUCCUACUCACUAAACAACAAGGACCUAGUAACUCUGGAUGCUAGCGCUGACUCUCAAUUACAAAAUGCACUCCGCUCCCUCCCAGCCAAGCCUCAAUUAGACGCUCUGAUUGAAGCAUUCUUCAGCAAUGUCAAUCACCAUUACAACUUCAUACACCCGCCGGUCUUUAUACGACAAUACGUCAAUUGGUCGUGCAGAACGCAGCAACGAUGUGUCCAGGAUCUUCAGCUCACUACCCUCAUCUUCAUGAUGUGCGCUUGCGUUACACAGCAUCUUGACAUUGAGGCGCAACAACCACCGAAGGAUGUUUCCAAGGCGUAUCAUGAUGCUGGGGCACGCAUUGCCGAGGCCAUACCAGCUGGGUCUUAUCAUCUGAUUAAUCUUCAGUGGAAAGUUCUUUCUAUCUGCUGGUUCAAAGGCGAAGCAAAAUUCACUGAGGCCUGGCAUACGAUUGGGCUCGCUGUGCAAGAGGCAUAUGAGCUGGGACUACACAAGUCUCGACACCAGACACAUGAUAUUGAAGUGCAGAUUGGCCGACGAGCCUGGCGCGUAUUGUACUGUUGGAAUUGGCAAUUGUCAUCAAUACUGGGCAGGCCUUUCAUCAUGAACGACAUCGAUUCAGAGCCUGAACAGCCCGACCUAAAAAAUGCAGCGCCAACACCAACACUGCAUACCAAGCUCCAGUACCAACUUAUAUCAUCUCUCGCAAAGCGCUGGCAGACGCCGCAAAACAUCAACACGCCAUCCAAAGUCCGGGAAUACAAGAAGAUGGUUGAACAGCACGUAUCUUCCUUCCCGGCAGUGUUUGCUCUAAACAGCCCAGACACUUCAAAAGAUGCUGAAUGGCCCUGGGUCGUGACGCAUCGCUACUACGUCCAGGCCAUGGCGUACUUUAUGAUUCUCCAACCAUACAAAGCCCACUUACUCCAUCCCUCGAUAAAUUUGUCUGUACCUGAGAUACAACAACUACGAGCAGAAGCAGUAGAGUGUGCUCUGAAGACAUUGCAAAUCGCAAGACAAUGGGCGUCUCGAGUCUCACAAGGUGAUGGGCAGUUUCACCUUGUGGUUCUAUGUCUGUUUGAUACAGCUGCUUUCUUGUCUAUGUCUCUGCAAAAGGACCAAGUGAAGGACUUUCCUCGACGACAAAAAGCUGUUGUUGCGGUUAAUGAGGCUGCUGCGACAUUGAAGGAACUUCAGGCAAUAUCACGGGGAGCUCAAUCGUCGCAUGGACUUUUAUGCAAGAUUUUACGCAAAAUGGAUUGGGAUGCUAUGGAGAAAUGAGGAACGUUAUGACUUACGAUUUAUGUCACGUACUAUACCUAGUUGCACUCAGGUGCUUUGAUAUCAGAAAUGAUAAAUGAUUAUGAUCUCUCAACCCUCUCCGUGAUCGAGUAACUAUGUCAUUUCCCAUCAGCCCAAAAUCUCUCCAAAGCGUCUUGUCGAACUUCAUAUGCCCAGUGAUGACACGUCUGAUGCACAACAGGGCUCACUUCAACCUCAUCUUCGUCCCUACCGUCAUCCGCGAAUACCGUCCGUAUCCCCAAAGUCACGUAUUUCUUGAGCAAUAUCCGGCGCCAACGACCCGUCUCGCCAACGCACUUCUUCCAACGACUGAUCUGGCGCUCGUCAUCUGAACAUCGACGACCCAUCCAAAAGCGACAAUACCACUGAAACCAGCCCCGAACAUCGUACUCAUGUGCGAUCCAGCCAGCGGCUUCCCAUUCCUCAAUGCUCUGCCCGCAUGCGACACCGUAUUUGUUUAUCUCGGGGUUGUACGUGUCGCUGACGAGAUACUCAUCCACGCUCAAUCCCACGGUCCAUGAUGAUGGCAGUUCUCUCCAGUCAUCUUGAAUAGUGAUUCCCAGAUGCUUUGAGAAUAAAGGUCGCCAGUAAGAGCCGCCAAAGCUGCCUUCUCGGAUGAUCUCCUCUGGAGAUUUGUUGGGCCGGAAAUCAGGAUGAGACUCGAAGUGAAAUGCUCCAGAUGUAUCACGCGUCGGCUCAUCAGCUUCUGGCUUCCAACUUAUCCACCCUUCUGUGAUAGAUUUGACGUCCUUGGGUUUUUGAGUGUUUAAAGAAUCUGAAGUCGUUGGCUGCGCAACCUUGUCGUUGUUCUCCAUCCGACGCUUUUUGGUGGUUCUAGUGGACGACUGUGAUACAGAUGCAUCAUCUUG